AGGUCCAUAGGGGAUGCAAUAAAAUGAAAUACGGAGGAUUAAGUUAGGGCAAGUUUCAGACGACACAAUCUGCUUCGACACUCCGCAGGACGCAGCCUCCGCUAUCGCCUCAGGUGACAAGGACACUCUUCUUAUGAUCUCGUGAGGUUAUUUGCCUUGAACUUGAAUCAAAUCAUUGCAUAUUGAGACAUGGACAGAACUUCAAACCUGCUCGACGAAGCCCUAGGUCUCGACGACCAGGCGAGUCCUUCUCCAAUCUCGUCCGGCCGAGUAGCUCUCGUCGAGGACUGCGUGGAAACCAGUGGCGCAUUCGUUCUUCAUCACCUCAUCAAGCACUCUCUUUCUCCUCACUACUCCUCUGCUCUUGUCAUCUUCGUGGCCUUCGCCCAACCUUUCUCUCACUACGAUCGCAUCCUUCGAAAAAUGGGCUGCAACUUAGUUGUGCAACGGGAUAAUAAAAGAUUCAUAUUCUUUGAUAUGCUUAUGUUGGAGUGUCCAGAUGGAGAUGGAGGAAACAUCAGUAGAGAUGGGCUUCUGGAGUUGUACGGGAAAAUUCAGAAAACCAUGGAAGAAUGUGCUUUAACUGGGGAUAAGAGGACCUGUAUGACUAUUAUGAUAGAUGACAUCUCUUUAAUGGAGGUUGCUACUAAUGGCUCUUCAAAUCAUGUCUUAGACUUCCUGCAUUACUGCCACACUCUAACAGCACAAUUUGGUUGUUCAGUAGUAGCUCUUAAUCACGUGGAUAUCUAUUCAAGCACGGAGGGGCCUCCACUUAUUUUACAGAUGGAGUACCUUGCAGAUGUUAUAAUAAAGGCAGAACCUUUGGCCACUGGUUUAGCCACUGAUGUGCAUGGACAGUUGACAGUUUUGAGCAAGGGAAUUUCUUCUGGUGGGGAAAGCUCAAGAAAUAAGAUGCACAAUUUCCACUUCAAGGUCAAAGAAAAUAGUGUUGAAUACUUCUAUCCCGGGAGUCGGAGUUGAGAAGAAGACAUCUAACCAGAUAUUUAACCAUAUAUUGUUGAAAGAGAAAUGAUGUUCAGAGAGAGCACCGAAAGGAUGCCGAACACAGUACACCGGUGGAUGAAUACACCUGCAAUUGUCCAUUUGGCCCCCAUUUACAUUCAUCCAACGGGGUAAAAUUAUUCAAAGAGCAUUUUUCUUCUUGAAAUCUAAUUUUCAAAUGAAUGUGUCUAAUUUAAACAGAUCAGGGUAAAAUUACUAGGUAAAGAUCUUUUUAGGCUACCAUUGUGUAUCAAAUUUAGAAGACAUUUAAUGUACCCUUGGAAAUUUAAUUUUUGUAUGAAUACAUCAUUUGUGCUUCCGCAGAUUAAGGGGAAAUUGUCGGGGAGAUUCCUCUUUAGGUUACCAA